GUAUAUAAAAUUUUAUUAGUUUCAAAAAUCACAAUUGGUGCAUUUAGUGUAUUGCAUACACAUUGAACAGUAUAUCGCCCCACUCAUUUAUUAUCUAACCAUUUCUUGCCCUCUGCAAUUAUUAUCGACUAUCUUAUAUAUAUGCUAUAUUAUGAUCACCCAUGUGAAAUACCAAUAGAAAAACACAGAAAAUAAUUCAGAUAAUACAAAAAGAAAAGAAAAAAUGAUAAUAUAAUCACAUGAGUCAUGCCAUGUGCCUGCUUGCACACUCCAUGCAUAUAGAGAUCCUUUAAUUCUUCCGCAAACUUCUCUUACACUAACAGAGCAUCGUUGUUCCAAAAAUAGAUGCGUCUUUGUCUCUCUUUCAUAUCUCAAGAAGCUUCGUCGUCUUCGGAUCUAGCAAUUCCAUUUUUCCAUUUUCUUUCCAUUUUUGUAGUUCAGUUCUGAUAAAAUCUGACUCAAGACAUAUCCAAGAGAAGGUGUUUUGCUAGGUCACUUCGAACAUCUUACAAAAACAUUUAAUGACAAUGUCAGAAAGAUCCUCGAAGGUGGUCGUAAAGGAUAACUCGCAGGUCAACUCAUCGUCGAGAAUCUAUUACUACGGCGGAGCUUCCGUGCCCUUCUUGUGGGAGACGCGGCCAGGCACACCAAAACACCCUCUCUUCUCUGAAUCCUUUCGUCUUCCGCCGUUAACGCCACCUCCGUCGUACUACUCCUCUUCCUCUUCCUCGUCUUCCGGGAACAAACUCUCAAAAGUUAGAACGAAACAAACUCGGUUCGUGAAGACCUUGUUCAACCGCAAGCAUCACGUGUCGCAUCCUUCGAUUUCUUGGUCGUCUACAACAUUUUCUUCUUCUUACUCUUCGUCCUCUUCCUCGUCGUCUCCACGGUCUAAAACAGUGCAUCCCGCCAACAAGUGUUACCUUUCUUGCUCGAGAUCGUACGUUAAAGACGAUGACGAGGAAGAGAGUGGUUCGUCGUCUCCGACGUCAACGUUGUGUUAUAAAAGAGGGUUUAGUAUGAAGAGAGCUUUGUCUUCUAUUCUGAGCCAUAAAUCUAGUCGUAAUGAUCUUAGAUUGAUUUAAUGGCAUGUUGUCUUGUUUUGGUUGUUGUUAUAAACAAAGGAUCUUGAUUUUUGAGAUCCGCUUGUUUGUUUCUUUUUUUGUGUGUGUGUGUGUGUGUGUUUGGCUUUUGCAUCUUUGAACACACAUAUUAGUGUUUGAUUGUGUUCGAUGCUAAUGUUCACAUGUUUUUAUGAUAUAUUCGGUUGCUGGUU